GUAAUACCUAUGAUUCAAAAUCUUCCGGGAAAGUACGUACUUUAGCAAAAUAAUUCUAUUCUUCCAAUCUCUCGCACAAACAGACAUAGAGAGAGAUUGAAAUUGGCAAAGUAAGGAUGAAGAAUGGAUAUGCAUCUCCAUCAUCAUCUCCUCCGACACCUCCAUCCCCUCUUCCAAUUAGUGUAGGACCCGGCCACCAGAAGUAUUCCUUCUCCUCGUCUCCGUCGCCAUCGCCGCCUUUCUCGCCGCCUCCAUCCAGCCACACAUCGGCGGAGAACAUCCCACUUCUAGAUCACAACUUGCCCAUUGAUCCACCCAGAGAGCAGCCAUCGGCAUUUUCAUUGGAUCGUCAAGACCCUGAUCAAUUGGAACCCAAAAACUCAUGCCUAAAAAACUUGUUGGAAUGGUUGGUUCUAAGAUGCUGCAGUUGUAACACUUGGUCUGUGAAUCUUCCAUCCAAUCCCAUAAAGAAGCAGACAAUUACUGACAGCCAAAACUUCUUAUAAAAUGGUCACAUGUUUUGGGUCAUUGACUCACAACACUAUACUAAUACAUCACACACGCCAUCAAUUCAUAAACUAUUUCCAUCAUUUAUUUUUUGUGUUGAUUGUAAAUCAAUUAACGUGAUUAAUUGCCUUGUACGAUAAUCAAUUGCUGUAACUCAGAAUUUUUCUUUCAGAUUCAAGUUUCACUUUUCUCUAUGUCAA